AUGGCUACCAAAGGACGCAUUUUCCUCGCCUACCCUGGCGAUCUUACGGUUUCCGUGACACAAUAUGGCGGGGAGAAGACCGUUUUAUUUCGGGUUGAGAAGCUUAAGUUAAUCGAAAAUAGUGAUUACUUUCAGAAUAUGUUCAACGGAGCAUGCGCUGAGUCCUGUGGUGAUUCGAUCUCUCUAAAAGAGGACAACAUCAAGAGCAUGGAACUCUGGUUCAGACUGUUCCACUCCACCCUCUCGCAAGUGCCAGAUCAUGAAGUCUCCAUAGCCCAAGUGUGGCAUAUGAUCGUGGCGGGCGACAAGGGCAAGAGCAAGAUGAGGACUUUUGUGUCUACCGCCAGCUGCUAUUACCUUGUUACGCUUUCAACUUUGCUAGGGGGUUUCAAUUUCUUUCAAAACAUCUUGUAUAUGGAUUCUCGGAUCACAUCACGGAACUUUGCCCUAUUGCGCACCGGUUAUAGUUACUUACCACAAAAAAUAAUCCAACAACUCAAUGAAGCCAAAGGUCGUCUGCGUAAUAUUCUCCGACGCGAGCUGUUCUCUCACAUGAACCAUAUUAUUGAAGAGGCUAGAUGCGAUUGUAAAGAGGGUACAAUGUUUAGGUAUCUGCGCGAGCUUACUAGAAUCUGUGUGUGGCCAUUGGAAGACAAUGUUUAUAGAACUAGUAUUGUCACCAUCCUUGACCGGCUGGAAAACUUUCGAAAUGCCAGUAUGGGGCCGGAGAGUCGUCCCAGGGUGUCUAAUGCACAUGCCGUGGAUACCAAAUCCAAUUCUGCGCAGAGUCAAACACCAAAGAAGCGGACUGAUCUCAACCGACGUUGUCUUUGUGUCCGUGAUUGGAAAGUUGCUGUGAUGCACGCGCGAAGAAAGACGAGUGGGUAUUUUGAGGGUUUAUGCAUUGACGGUAUGAAUGCAACGAAGAACCUCCGAUGGGGCGACAAUCCAGAUUACUGGCGUGAUAAUCAUGAUGAGGGUUGUAGAAUCCAACAUGGGGAACCAACCUUCUUCUUUAGCUUCAUGGGCCAGAGGAAAAAUGGACAUGCUUCGAGACGCUAA